CCCUUAAAGGAUAAAUAACCUAAUAAAUUCAGUAUUAAUCAUAUAAAUCUGUGUCACUGGUGCGAUUAUUACGGUGACAAUGGCAGCUGUGAGUCUGACGGAUCCGCUUUGCAAACCUUGUUCUUAUCGUUCACAUUUCAAAGUUGAUGUGUGUGUGAGGAAGCCCUUGAUGCCCAUUCACCUGAGCAGUGAGCAAGUGGCACUGGAGAUGCUGUGUCUCUGCAGCCAGCUGGAUCUGUUGAUCAGAGCUCAGGUCCACCAGUUUCAGGAGAAUCUUAAACAGGACUCUAGUCCCGAGGAGUCUGAAAGUUUUAAGAGACAUGGGGCUGAGAUAAUAAAUCAGAUGAACCAGUGCCUUGAACAUUCGUCUGAACCGGUGCUUCAGCUUGAGGAAUUUUUGGAUGUUAUAAAUUUAUUCGCUAUAUUGCCUCGAGUGGAAGUUUAUAUGAUACACGGAAGGCCUAUUGACAUGCUGGAAAAAUCUCUUUCAGAUGCUUAUUUUCCUUAUAUUGGAAGGCUGAACCAGCUGCUGGUUCUCAGUCAACAGGUAAAUGAAGAUGUGAAGCAUCUGGGGAGUCAUAAGUACAUCGCACAUCAGCUAUCAGCAAUUUAUCAAGUGCUAAAGUCUUUCAAAGACAUCUUGCCAUUAUCCAUCAUAAGAAAGGAUAUUGAGGCCAAUUUCAAGCAGUUGAAAAUGUCUCUUUCGAAAGAGGACGGGUCCAAGCUGGAUCCUCAGUUGCCAGCACAUCUCUUGAGCUGGGUGUCAGAGUUAACACAAAACAUUAUAUCAACGGUACUGACACUCUCAGAAGAGCUCAGCGAAGAGUUCAAUCCGUUCAAGGAAUCUGUCUGUAACCUCUCCUAACAGCUGGAUCCACAGUGCCUCAAGUGGAUGGAGAGAAAAUGUCACAGAAUAAAAGGGAUUCUCUCAAAAAAUGAUCAUUUAGAGUGUCACUUGAUUUUGU